AGAGCCACUGUUAUAAGACCCAAGACACAAGUUAGUCGUACAGAGAGCACAAUCAAUUAUUUAUUUUAUAUGUAAAAAAUUAAGAAACAUAUUAAAAUUUUAUUUUAUUUUUAUUAUAUAAUUCAUUAGAAUAAAAAAGUUUAACAUAUAUAAUAAAAGAAUUAGAGAUGCAUUUGCAAAUUAAUACUUAAAAAUAAAUAAAUAAAUAAAAAGAUCGAACGGUUGGAACAAGGUGAGCUCAUAUAAGUAAGAUAAGACCUCUCGCAUCAAAGUAUACAUUCCCAUAAUUUAUUACACUUCACCUUCCUAAACAAAUCACUCCCCACAUCUCUUCAUUUUCCCUCUGUCAGACAUCAGACACAUUAUAACUCCGAAAAAAAAAAAAGAAGGAAAAAAAACAUCAACAGAAAAAAAAAAUGUCCAGACCCAUAAACAGAAAUCUGAGCUAAUUAAGCUACUUAUUGCUCUGAAUCAAAUCUUUAACCCGAAGAAGAGAACCCACAUUCCCAAACUCCAUGGCUGCAGCUCUAGAGUGCUGGUCUAGUAGAGCCAGUACUGAUGAAGACAUGGUAGAACAAGUGUUGAUGCGAACCCAAGAUAGAUCAGAAUCCACUUUACUUCAUCAAGAUACUACUUCUUCUUUGUCAUCUUUAAAUCCUGUAAUCAAAGACCCACCAUCCUCUUCUAAUAUGCAGAAACGGCUUCAAAGACUGAGUCGAAACGUAUCUGAAGCUAUUGCCUCGCUUAAGAACUCGCUGAAUCUUGACUCGCCCCGUGGUGACUCAGUCUUGCAACUGCAACAGCAGCAGCAGCAGCUACCGCUGCAGGUCAAUGGUAGUACUAAAGUUGAGAGCUGUAGGAAAGUUGUUUGGGCUGGUGUUGUACGGAACCUUACUCAGUUAUACCCAGGUAGCCAGUUACCUGAGAAGCUUGUGUCUAAUAUUAGGAAGCAUUAUGAUUCUUUGCCUCUCAGUUAUGCACAGGCGGGAUUUGAUAUGAAAGAUGUGUUUCUGCACAUAAAGUUGAUAGAGCAGGCAUCAGUGGAUGAGCAACCUGCAAUAAUGAUACAGGAAGUAUCUGAUGAUGAGGUACAGGGUUCUGUAUUUAAGCUCACAUUUGCUUGUAACUCUUUGAUUUCUUGGCCCGCAAUGUCUGGUGCAUUAGAUAAUGCAUCAAUUUGCUGUAAGAAAAUUCAGAUCUUUGAAAAGAAGGGGUUUACUCUUGCCGUCAUACUUCUUUUAGUUCAAGCUGGACACGAGAAAUCUUUCAAAAAUCGGAUCGAAAAUGCUUUAAAAAAUGCCAUCAAGAAGCCUAAACAGACAACGGUAAAGCUUCCAUUUGGGCUUUGUGGGUGCCAAGAAGAGAAUACUAGAGGGAGAGAUUUUGGUGAAAUAGAAGAGGAUCCUAAUGAACUGAGUUACAGAAAUGGCACUGAGAAUUUGAAUGUGAAAAUUCAGCUUGAAAUGCCCUUGCCCACUUCAUCAUUUGUUGUAUCUAUUGAUGAAUGGCAAACAAUGCAGUCAGGUGGAGAUGAGAUAGGAAAAUGGCUUUUGAACUCUGAUAAUCUUGAGUUUGUUGAUCAGAUUGGACCCAAUUCUUUCAAGGGAGUUUAUAAGGGCAAAAGGGUUGGAAUUGAGAAGCUCAAAGGAUGCGACAAAGGGAAUGCUUAUGAUUUCGAACUCCGUAAAGACCUAUUAGAGUUAAUGACUUGUGGACAUAAAAAUGUCCUGCAAUUUUAUGGUGUCUGUGUUGAUGAAAAUCAUGGGUUGUGUGUGGUAACCAAAUUGAUGGAAGGUGGCUCUGUUAGUGAUUUGAUGCUAAAGAAUAAGAAGCUUCAGACUAAGGAAAUUAUAAGGAUUGCUGUAGACAUAGCUGAAGGGAUUAAGUUCAUGAAUGAUCAUGGAGUAGCAUAUAGGGAUCUUAACACACAGAGGAUUUUACUAGACCGGCAUGGGAAUGCCUGCUUAGGAGACAUGGGUAUAGUCACUGCUUGCAAGAGCAUGGGUGAGGCGAUGGAGUAUGAAACUGAUGGUUAUCGCUGGCUAGCCCCAGAGAUCAUUGCUGGUGAUCCAGAGAGUGUGACUGAGACGUGGAUGAGUAAUGUGUAUAGUUUUGGGAUGGUGAUCUGGGAAAUGGUGACUGGUGAGGCAGCCUAUGCCGCAUGUUCGCCUGUGCAGGCAGCAGUUGGAAUAGCUGCUUGUGGCCUGAGACCUGAUAUUCCUAAGGACUGCCCACAAAUCUUAAAAUCUCUGAUGACCAAGUGCUGGAACAAUUGCCCAUCAAAGCGUCCUCAGUUCUCCGAAAUCCUAUCCAUUUUAUUACGAUUCAGCAACAACAAUAGUUGCAAAAGGAAGGGGAGGAAAAAGGAAGAGAGAAAAGAGGAAAAGAAAUUAAGGAAUUAAAGGGGAAAACAAGAUUAUUUGUGCAACCUCAAGGGCCUACAAGUUUAGAGUGAUACAAGGAAUUUUGUGUCCUAAAGUUUUCUUUUUGUUUAUGUGGUGACUAUCUGGGGGGACCCAAUAGUGGUCCCUCGUGUCUUUGUGUCCUCUGUGAUGUGAGAAUUUUAGAAGAAACCCUUAAUUUUUGGCGAAAACAUAGUUCUACUAUCAACAUCAACGUCUCUUUAUUCAACCUCAGACAUUAAA